CGGUUUGCGAACGUUGUGUCCAAACAGUUCCGCCGCCUCCGCGGUAAACUUGCGUGAUGGCGCGAAAAUAAUCCGCUAGUUAGUAUAAAUUACUUAAGUAUAAACCAAGAAAUACUUUAAUUGUGUCGAUAAUAUGACAAAAUAUUCCCAAGUUUAAGUGGAAAGUGAACGUUACGGGUUAAACAUGACGAAAAGUUCUACGUGGCCUUUAUGGCACUGGUGUUGGUGUAUACUUAUUGCGGCCCUAAAUACUUCCCGGGGAGAAAAAUUCAUACUUGGAUACCUCACGGGAUCACAACGGCGACCAGGCGAUUUAAAUUACCAAAGACCCGGGAGAGUCCUAUCAGGGGCGAUUUCAAUGGCAGUAGACGAAGUUAAUGAAAAACUCUUGGGGCCCAUGGGACACUCAUUAGAAUUCGUCGUCGCUGAAACCUACGGCCAAGAAGAAGUCUCUAUUCGUCAGGUGGCUUCGUUGUGGGCUGCCAACGUGUCUGCAUUCAUCGGCCCGCAGGAGACGUGCGUCCACGAGGGCCGCAUGGCUGCUGCCUUCAACCUGCCCAUGAUUAGCUAUUACUGCAGAGACGUGGCGAGUUCGAACAAGCGCGUGUACGCAACGUUCGCCCGCACGCGCCCCUCCGACAUCGACAUCUCCCGCUCCGUGGUCGCCGUACUCACGCAUUUCGAUUUCAUGCAUAUAGCCGUCGUCUACCUCAAAGCACCAAACCAUGAUUUUUCAAGACUGGCUUUCGCUAUAAUAACCGCUGCUAAUGAGAAGAAAAUAUCCAUCCGCACGAUACAAGUGUACAGACAACCAUACUAUUACGGCGAUAUACCGGACAACUAUACGCGAAACCCUUUCAUGGAUAUUGUCAGAGAAACGUACAAAGAUACUAGGAUUUAUGUCUCAGUCGGUUACUAUCACGACCAUAUUGGACUGAUGCAAGCUUUAGAUGCAAUGAAGCUCCUAGAAUCAGGAGAAUACGCUGCAAUAGGCGUGGAUGUAGACAAAUAUGAGCCUGACGAAGCCAUUCGAUACCUUGCGGGACCUUUACGCAAAGAACCGGGGCCGAAAGUUCCGAAAGCAUUCCGUUCUUACCUGGCAGUAGCUCCGUCGCCUGCGCCUUCCUACCCUGUGUUUGCCAGAGAAGUUAACAGAAGACUUCAGAUGCCUCCGUUUAAUUUUACAAAUCCUUUGCUUGCAUUAGGCGGAGGUAAAGUGAUCCCAGUGGAAGCGGCAUGGCUUCACGAUGCUGUUUGGGUGUAUGCCAGAGCCUUGGCCGAUGCUCUGCGUACAGGAGAAAACGCCCGUGACGGACGUGCGAUUGCUGUGCGUAUGCGCAACACUACGUAUCGCAGUGUCAUGGGGUACUGGAUUCAUAUGGAUGAAAACGGCGACGCCGAAGGGAAUUAUACCCUUUUAUCCGUUGACGCUACGCGGCCCCCGGGUCUCUACCCUCUCGCCGUCCUGCACAAAACAGCGCCGGAACUACGGUUCAUUCGAGACAUGAAGUGGCCCGGCGGUCGAGUGCCGCUGUCAGAGCCUACGUGCGGGUUCCGUGGAGAGAAAUGUGUUAGUCACGUCGGUGCUUGGGCCCUUGGUGCAUCUGGAGGUACACUAGCUCUAUUAGCUCUGGCUGCAUUGGCGCUGUAUCGUGGUUGGCGGUAUGAGCAGGAGCUUGACUCUCUGCUUUGGAAGAUCGACUUCAGAGACCUGCAUUUACCAGACGAAGACCAGCGCACCAACAAACUGAGUAGCAGCGCCGGUGUGAACGCGAACUCUAGCAAUGCCAUCGGGAAUAACGAGAAAAGUGGCGGCAGUACGGGCGGCGCUCGUUCAAGUCAAGUGUCGUUGAGUUCAAAUCCAGACCUGGACUUCAGAUACUCAGCGAUCUUCACUGAAGUGGCCUUCUACCGUGGACGAUUGCUGGCAGUUAAGCGCGUGCGAAGAAAUCAUAUCGACAUCACUCGAGAAAUUAAAAAGGAAUUGAAAAUCAUGCGCGACUUACAACACGACAACGUAAACGGUUUCGUGGGUGCGUGUAUUGAACCGCCCAACGUGUGUGCUCUCUCCGAGUACUGUACCAGGGGUAGUCUUAAGGAUAUUUUAGAAAAUGAAGAUAUAAAACUAGAUAAUAUGUUCAUCGCCUCUCUUGUUGGUGAUAUUAUAAGGGGUAUGAUCUUCAUCCAUGAGUCGCCACUUCAGUACCACGGAGCACUUCGACCAUCCAAUUGCCUGGUCGACGCGCGGUGGGUGGUGAAGCUUGCUGACUUUGGACUGAGGGAAUUCAGAAGAGGCGAGGUUCCCCCUUCUGAUCCUAAUGCUCUGCGAUCUCACAUAGAUAGUCUAGCGUACUUAGCACCAGAGUUGCUCCGCUCAGCGGGGUGGGGCAAGGACUGCUUCCCCACGUCCCUGGAAAUCCGCAGCGGGUCUGCGGCGGCGGACGUGUACGCGUUUGCGCUGCUCUUGUACGAGUUGCACACGCGACGAGGCCCUUUCGGAGCUGAAGCCCUGCCUCCGCCGGCGCUCAUGCGACGCCUCGCGCACCCCCACCCUGCGCCUUACAGGCCACCACUGGACGAAUUGGCGGGGCGGUUCGACUGCGUGCGUGAGUGCUGCGCAGAGUGUUGGGCCGAGGAGCCUGCUCAGAGACCCGACUUCAAAGCCAUACGCACGCGACUACGACCGCUCCGGAAGGGCAUGAAACCAAACAUUUUCGACAACAUGAUAGCGAUGAUGGAAAAAUAUGCAAACAAUUUGGAAGCUCUAGUAGAUGAGCGAACUGAUCAAUUACAAGAAGAAAAGAAAAAAACGGAGGCGUUGCUGGAGGAAAUGCUGCCCGCGCCGGUGGCGGAGCAGCUGAAGCGCGGGCGGCGCGUGCUGCCUGAGAGCUACGACUCCGUCACCAUCUACUUCAGCGACAUCGUCGGCUUCACCGCCAUGUCCGCGGAGAGCACGCCUCUACAGGUGGUGGAUUUUCUCAAUGAUCUCUACACGUGUUUCGAUUCAAUAUUAGAAAAUUUUGACGUUUACAAAGUGGAAACGAUAGGCGACGCUUACAUGGUGGUAUCGGGUCUCCCCAUCCGCAAUGGAAUCCUCCACGCGGGCGAGGUGGCGUCCAUGGCGCUGGCGCUGCUCUCCGCCACGCGCGCUUUCCGCGUGCGACACAGGCCGGACCACCGCCUGUUGCUACGCGUCGGGAUACACUCCGGUCCAGUAUGUGCGGGUGUCGUAGGGUUGAAGAUGCCUAGGUAUUGUUUGUUCGGCGACACCGUUAACACUGCCAGUCGCUUUGAAUCAACAGGAGCUCCUUUAAAAAUCCACUGUAGUGGCACAUGCAAGGCGUACCUUGACCAACUGGGCGGGUACAUUCUGGAAGAGCGAGGAAUAGUGUCUAUGAAAGGCAAGCGCGACCAGGUGACGUGGUGGCUACGCGGGGAGGAGCCGAGUGCGGCGGCCGCGCGGGCGAGGAGGCGAGCCCAUGCCAAGGGUCUACCGCCCGCGGAUACGAAGGACCCUCAGGACCGACGCGGGCAACGCAGCUCGUUGAAGACCAGGAGUUGGAAAAACCAAAUGGGAGGAUUACACAGAUGUUGCAGUUUAGAAUCUCCAAAGAAACUUAGAUUUGCAUCGGGAAACCAUUUAGAAUCAUACACAGAUAGCGUUUUACAUCAUCGAAGCGACGAAUAUUUAAUGGAAGUAGUGGGCGAGGCUCAGCGGCCGGAGCUGCUGGAAGCGCCGACGCUGCGGGAGCACGCCAGCGUGUCGUGCCCCAUCAUCGAGCAGCGCUGCGACAUCCGCCUCGUGGUCAACGGCCACGACCCCGCCGGCAUACCGCUGCUUGCCGAUGCCUAGUUUCCUACCUUACUCCGUGGACGUAACUAACCGAGCAGCCUAGAGCGCAACUGUGUUGUGAUGUGUCAUGACUAGAGCUCUUAUCACAUUGACAUUCCGAGACGAAGGGUAGGGUACAAGAGCGCACACAUUGAAAUUUAUGUUUUGGAAUAAAAAUAUUUAAUUAUUAUAAAUCUCGGUGCUGCUCGUCGGUAGCAUUUGCUGCGGACCGUCUAUUUUACUGUGUACAUUUAGACAAUAUUAUAUACGACUGUACAUACCAGAACGCUAGCAAAAACUUAGCGUUAUUAAUUAUUAUUAUACUCCCUUAGUCAGAUGUUUUAUUUGCAAUAUAUUGUGAACUUUUAAAAAUACAGGGUUUAUAAAUUGU